AUGACGCCUCCGUCACCGUGCUUCGGCUCAUCAGCCCGAAAGCCCUGGCCCCAAUUCGAUGAAAUCGGCGAGAGUAGCCGCGUGGGCGAGGACCGCGGUCUAACCCCUAGUCCGACCCCGAACCACAACCAAAGCCUAAGGGGAGGGCUAAGACAUAGGCACAGCCGGUUCAUAGAGGAGAUCGACGGCCCGCGGAGGGGAAGCGGCACCACGAUGAUCGGGAUCGAGAUCUGGGACUCGAGGAGCACACUGUCGACUGUCAACCGGAGAAGUCAUGAUGGCACUGCCGUUAGAGGAAAUUGCAGUGUCACCCGAGGGGGAAGAGGGGGGUUGCGCCGUCCCGGACAGCAACCGCCGCCUGUUCUGAGAUCUACGAGACAUGGCGGGCAUGAAGAUGAGAUUGGCCGGGGAAAUGAAUGGGACAUGGAAGUCGAGGACGGAAGCCAGACGGAUGACAGGUCGCAACGGAGAAUCAAGAGAUUCGUAGGGGAUUUUGUUGCCAUGGUGCGCAAGGUAGUUGGCAAGAAGAAGAAGCGGAAGGACAAGGGGAAAGGAAAAGAGGUUGAGAGCGACGACGGAGAUUGUUGUCAGAGACGACGGCAACAUUCUUCGAGCAGCACAUUCACGGAGGUGCCAGAGGCGUGGUGGACAGCUUAG